AUGUCCAUUAAGAGAAUAGUGUUGGUGAGGAAAAAAUGUGAACUUAUAGAAGUGCUGCAUGCAUCAACUCCAGUAACUGUAUCCGUUCAAGUGGAUAACGCAAGUUUGGUUCAUAUUUCGAUUGAUGUGUCGGGCAUUGAAGAUGAUAUCAUGGGCUAUAAAGUGUAUUUCACAAGAGAUGAUGAGCAAAGUGAUGAAUCUUUUGUGGACUGGCAGCAAAUACACGUUCAAAGUUCAGAUCGAAGUUACACACUCAAAAUGGACGAAGAAACACUGCAUUUGAAACCAAAUAUCAGAUAUCGAUUGCGUGUUACAACAUCCACUUCAAACGGUGAAACUGAACCAAGUGAAGUGGUCGAGUUUAAAACUAGUAACACAGUGUCACAAGCGCCGUCCAAUGUCAAUGUGGUGAUAGCAGCAAGUAACAGCUUUACAGUCUAUUUCGAUGCAGCCAUUGAUCCAAACAGUACGGAUAUUCAAUCAAAAUAUGUUAAUGUCAGUGCACCUUUCUGA